UACAUCCCUUGUGAAGUUAGCUAUAGAGCAAGAAUUGCAUGAUCCCUUAAUCUCCCUUUAAAUCCCACUCUCAUCACCAAACCAAGAAACCAAACAAUCAUCACAAAUGAACCAAAACAGUCACCAUAGAGCUCACUCCAUGAGCAGUGUUCCCUUUUCAUGGGAGAAUAGACCGGGAAUUUCCAAAAUUGCCCCUCAGGCUGACGAAAGCCCGUUAUCGGCCCAAGAAAGCCCAAAGUCAGCGCAGGAAAUCAAACCACCACCACCUCCGGUCCCCGAUGAUAGCCCGAAAAGGCCCAUGGCCCGGCAUAGUACCCAUGUGCCUCUGCCUCCAUGCCCAUUUCAGCCCAUUAGUAAUAGGUAUGCAGCAAGUAAAGGAUGGAGAAGAGAUGAGGAUCCUUUUUUGGCUGCUUAUAUGGAGUGUACAAAGAGCGUGAAGAAAAAUAAAGGGAAGGGGUCUAAUUAUAAGUUAUCAAGCGGAUGGGGGUUUUCUUGUAAACAGGGGACAGGAGUGAGAGAGGAUGUAUUGGUUAAAGUUCCACAAUUAAAGUCGCAUGUUGGUAAAUUGCAUGGUGGAGAUGAAAACGUUAGGUUGUUGUUUGAGAGGACUCAGAGGAGGCAGAGCGUUGGGAAUGGGAAUGUUGGAGGUCACCAGGGGCAGAGGUCAGUGUUCAUUUCCUUCAUGUGGAGUCUAGCGCUACUUCGGAGCUCAUACAACGAGCACGCCUUUGCUCUAAAAGGCCAGCAUUUGAGCGCAGAGAAGCUUGCGGGUUUGGGCCCUCGCCACUUUGAUCAAAUGCGACUUCCUUGCGAUCACGAAGACCAUGAAUUGAGCAUGACGCUCUUGCCUGUGACAUUCCGUUAGAUGACACGAAAGGUGUCAAGUUUUUGAGAUAGAGGAGCUAUUUUUGUUGUUUAAAAAUAAUAUUAAAAAAAAGGAAAAAAAGAAAAAGAGCCAACAUUGCUUUCUUCCUACGUGCUCUUGAGUCUUGCCCCCAUCUACGGGCAUCUUAUUACAUAAAAAGUGGAUUUAUGAAAGAAAUAUUGCCAGGAGACUGGCUAGUUCACUACAAGUGUAACACUAUGUCGAUUACUUGCAUACAACUACAGUAGUAAUUAUUGGUGUAAAAGCGAUUUUAGUUGCGUUUGAUUGGUUUGAUAAUAAA